AUGUCGUUCAUAAACACCUUUCGCGACCUCUCCGCGCGAAACCUACACAUCCUCAAAACCCAACCCAUAGCCGAAAUAUCAGGCUCGCUAGGUGACCUGGGCACCUUCCUGCCCAUCGCCAUUGCACUAUCUAUAAAUGGCACCAUCUCUCUAUCCAGUACUCUCGUCUUCUCCGGCAUAGCCAAUAUCUUGACGGGACUCUUUUUCGGCAUCCCACUCCCCGUACAACCCAUGAAAGCCAUCGCGGCCGUUGCAAUCGCUAAUGCUUUUACGAAUGGCGAGAUUGCCGCUGCCGGCAUAUUUGUAGCUGCUUGUAUAUUUGUCUUUUCGGUGACGGGUCUAUUGCGCUGGUUCGCAGAUGUGAUUCCCAUCCCUGUGGUCAAGGGAAUUCAAGUCGGGGCGGGGUUGUCGUUGAUUAUUGCUGCUGGUAGCAGUCUCUCAAAGCUCGGAUGGGUUACACCAUCAUGGACCGAUAACCGUAUUUGGGCCAUUAUAGCUUUCUUGUUCCUGUUGACGACGAACUAUUAUCGACAAAUUCCGUAUGCUUUGGUAGUGCUUGCGGUCGGUCUGGUGUUUGCGAUAAUAACUGCGACGCAGGGGAGGGAUCUACCCAAUUUCAGGCCGUGGAUCCCCGUUCUCACUGUUCCUAGUGAUGGCGAUUGGCGGGUUGGAGUUGUUCAAGCUGGUGUUGGGCAGUUACCACUUACCACGUUGAAUUCGGUGAUUGCUGUUGUUCACCUAGCUGGCGACCUGCUCCCUGAAGUGACAACACCAUCAAUUACAUCCGUCGGCCUGAGCGUCUCGAUCAUGAACCUCGUGAGCUGCUGGUUCGGCGCAAUGCCCGUCUGUCACGGAUCAGGAGGUCUGGCAGCCCAGUACCGCUUCGGUUCCCGGUCGGGGUCUAGCAUUGUAUUCCUAGGAGUCUUGAAACUACUGAUCGGCUUAUUCUUCGGAAACACUCUCGUGGGACUACUUAAGUUAUUCCCCUACGCCCUUCUUGGUAUCAUGGUCAUCGCCGCCGGUCUGGAACUGGCUAGCGUAGGCGAAAGCCUGAAUACAACAGGCGCUCGUGACCUACGGAAAGACAUGCCAGCUGGCAUACUAGGUGACCGUGAACGCGAGAUUGGGCCCGUGUUGAGUGACGACGAACGCAAGAAGAGGUAUACGGUGAUGUUCGUCACGAUUGGAUUUCUGGUUGGAUUCAAGAAUGAUGCCGUGGGGUUCAUUGCAGGGAUGCUUUGUCAUUGGAGUUUUCAGAUUCCAGAUUAUUUGCAUUCAAGGAGACGGGAGGGACGGAUUCGGUUGACAGAGUGA